AUGUCGAUACCAAGUUCACUCACUGUGGUUGAGUACGCCCUCCCGCCAUUUGAGGAAGAGCUCAAAACUUAUAUAUGUGAAUGCGAAAGCUGCCGAGCAUGUGGAAAAAUCCAUUUUCUAAUUCCACGGCUCUUUUUUGGUGGGUUCAUUUUUCCCAUUUGCUGGGUUCUGCAUCUUGUACUAUUUAUUUACACCUGCUACAUAAUGGCACAUGAGAUCCAAUUUCCGCGAAUUUUGGACGAGGAUCUUCCAACAUUGUUCGAGCUUGAGAUGCACCAUAAAUGCGUCUCGAGGCCGCCUACAUUCUCUUCAGCAGCAGAAAACGACACACACCAAGCUUCCACUAAUAACGCCCAAUUUCAAACAGCAAAUGAACCAUGUCCCAAGACCAGUAUGGCUCCUAUCGAUCAAUUUUUAGCAGGCGCCAGGCUCGAAUAUCUCUCUGACGUCUCGAGCGAUGUCACAUCCUCCCAUGCAGAAAGUUCGAAAUAUUAUCGCAUUUGGGCAAUCCGAACCGUAGGCGCAUUACUAUGCUAUAUUUUGUUGGUCAUAUUUGUUAUUUUGACGCUACGGAAUAGUCAUAAUGUCUAG